UGCCGACCCGCUCCUGCUCGGGGCUGGCGUGCUCUGUAGAAGCAGCGAAGGGAGGCGGCGGGAGGACGGACGGAGCCUUUGAAGUUUUUCAUUCAGAUACAGUUACUCCAGGCGUGGUGACGUGCGGGAGAAACCCCCCAGCCUAAGAGCUGCCCGGAGCCAUGAUUCCGGUGACGGAGUUCCGGCAGUUCUCGGAGCAGCAGCCGGCGUUCCGGGUUCUGAAGCCCUGGUGGGACGUGUUCACGGAAUACCUGUCGGUGGUGAUGCUCAUGAUCGGGGUGUUCGGGUGCACUUUGCAGGUAAUGCAAGACAAAAUCAUCUGCCUUCCCAAAAGGAUGUCCACGCCAAACCAAACUCUCCUCAACACAAGUACUGUGGUUCCCUUAGAGCCUCCCUUAACAGUCCCCAGUCCAGCCUCUUCUGUGCCAAAUCCCCAGGAAAUGAGGGGCUUGAAAACCAACCUGGACCUCCAGCAGUACAGCUUUAUCAAUCAGAUGUGCUAUGAGAGAGCACUGCACUGGUACGCCAAAUAUUUCCCUUACUUGGUUCUGAUCCACACUCUGAUUUUCAUGAUGUGCAGCAACUUCUGGUUUAAGUUCCCGGGAUCCAGCUCCAAAAUCGAGCACUUCAUCUGCAUCCUGGGAAAGUGUUUUGAUUCACCCUGGACAACCAGGGCCCUGUCGGAGGUGUCUGGGGAGAACCCGGAAGAGAAGGACAAUAAGAAAAACAGCCUGAGCAAGUCCGCCGUGAACGUGUCCGUCACUGAAGGCAACCUGGUGAAGACCCAGUCCCUCAAGUCCAUCCCGGAAAAGCUGGUCGUCGACAAGCCCGCUGCGGGAGCGCUGGACAAGAAGGAAGGAGAGCAGGCCAAGGCUCUGUUCGAGAAGGUCAAAAAAUUCCGUCUGCAUGUGGAAGAGGGAGACUUGCUGUACAUCAUGUACGUCCGCCAGACAGUGCUGAAAGUGCUGAAGUUCCUCAUAAUCAUCGCGUACAACAGCGCCCUGGUGUCGAAGGUGCAGUUCACGGUCAGCUGCAACGUGGACAUACAGGACAUGACUGGCUACACCAAUUUCUCCUGCAAUCACACCAUGGCACACUUAUUCUCCAAGCUCUCCUUCUGCUACCUGUGCUUCGUCAGCGUUUAUGGAUUCACGUGCCUCUAUACCUUGUACUGGCUGUUCCACCGCUCCCUCAAAGAGUACUCCUUCGAGUAUGUGCGCCAGGAGACCGGGAUCGAUGACAUCCCCGAUGUCAAGAACGACUUCGCCUUCAUGCUCCACAUGAUUGACCAGUACGAUCCGUUGUACUCCAAGCGGUUUGCCGUGUUCCUCUCCGAGGUCAGCGAGAACAAGCUGAAGCAGCUGAACCUGAACAACGAGUGGACGGCCGAGAAACUGCGCCAGAGGCUGCAGAGCAACGCCAACAACCGCCUGGAGCUGCAGCUCUUCAUGCUGUCCGGCCUCCCAGACACCAUUUUCGAAGUGACGGAGUUACAGUCCCUGAGGCUGGAGAUCAUCAACAAUGUCACCAUACCAGCAGCCAUUGCCCAGCUGGAGAGCCUGCAGGAGCUCUCUCUGUAUCAGUGCUCUCUGAAAAUCCACUCCGCAGCUGCUUCGUUUUUGAAAGAAAACCUGAAGGUCUUGAGAGUGAAGUUUGAUGACAGCAGGGAGCUGCCAACUUGGUUGUACACUCUGCGUAAUUUAGAGGAGCUCCACCUCAUCGGUUCCUUAAGCCCGGACAUGUCCAAGAACAUCACCCUCGACUCCCUGCGUGAGCUCAAGUCCCUCAAAACCCUCUACCUGAAAAGCAAUUUCACCAAAAUCCCCCAGUCCAUAGUGGAUGUGUCCAGUCAUUUGCAGAAGCUCUACGUCCACAAUGAUGGCACCAAGCUGGUCAUGCUGAAUAACCUGAAGAAAAUGGUCAAUCUGGUCGAGCUGGAGCUGGUGCACUGCGACCUGGAGAGGAUCCCUCAUGCUGUCUUCAGCCUGACCAACCUCCAGGAGCUGGACCUGAAGGAGAACAACCUCAAGUCCAUCGAGGAGAUCCUCAGCUUCCAGCACCUGCGCAAACUCACCUGCCUGAAACUGUGGCACAACGGGAUCACCUACAUACCUGAGCACAUCAAGAAGCUGACAAGCCUGGAAAGACUCUACUUGAGUCACAACAAGAUCGAGAUUCUCCCUUCCCACCUCUUUCUGUGUAACAAGCUCCGAUACCUGGACUUGUCCUACAAUGACAUUCGGUUCAUCCCACCCGAGGUCGGAGUGCUCCAGAGCCUUCAGUACUUCUCUGUCAUGUGCAACAAAAUCGAGAGCUUACCAGAUGAGCUCUUCUUCUGCAAGAAGCUGAAGACCUUGAAGCUUGGAAAGAACACUCUGUCAGUGCUGUCCCCAAAGAUUUCUUACCUGGUUUCACUGACGCACUUGGAACUGAAAGGCAACCACUUCGAAGGGCUGCCGGCCGAGCUGGGGGCCUGCCGGGCACUGAGGCGUAGUGGGCUUGUUGUGGAAGACGCCUUGUUUGAAACGCUGCCCUCUGAAGUACGAGAGCAGAUGAAAGCAGAGUAGCUCGCUUGCUUUCUGCAAAAUGCCAAAUGUCUUAAACUGACAAUCCAGACUGUCUGUGUGACAUUUCAAAUUAGUUUAUUGUCAAACUACAAUUUAUCAUUUGACUUUUUUUAGUUGAGUUUAUUAUGUUGUUGACAUCAGUCGUUUCGAAGAAAGUUCUGUCGGUAUACAUGUUUACUGAACUACAUUUAUGUGUUUUCAUAUUGCGUGUCCUAGAUAUGAAUAUUGGAUCACCACUUAGCUUCAGUUUCCAAAAUAUCUCAUUUCUCUUUUGGUUUAUAUUCAAAUCUGGUAAGGUUUUUUUAAUCAAAUAAUCAGGGCUGUUACACUAUGCAGAAACUGACAUAUAAAGAAUGUUUGUUCAGCUCGGCUGCUUUCAGCUGCUUGGUGGAAAUGGCUUCUGAACGUGGGUAUCUUCUGUGUGGAGUUUGUGUGUUUUACUGUGCCUGCCAGGGUAUUCCACUUAUUCUCUGGUUUCUUCCCACCUCCUAAAGAGGUGUGGACUGGUGAACUGGUAUCUCUAGACUGACCCUGUAUGUGUGUGUGCCCUGUGGUGAACUAGUGUCUUGUGAUGGACUGCUGUCCUGUCCAGGCGGUGUGUGUGUGU